AGUAAGGAUCGAACCCCUAUUGGGAACCUAGAAAGGCUGAGUCGGCUUGGUGCAGUUGGAUCUGGCUGCAAAUUGUCUGGCUAGGAUGUGUGACUCUUAUCGGCGGCGUAGAGCUCUGGUGGGAUGCAAUCAGCCCCGAACAGCUUCAUUGAAUGGCAAAAAUGUUGACUGGGAGUUAUUCUUGACUCAUAUCCGUAAUUGAACCUUUCCCCAGCCUGUCUUUGAGCCUUCGCCUCGAGGACCACCUUGCCCGUCGCGCCUUCCUGGGGCCUGCAAUUGCCUCGUCGCUAAAAACUUUGGACCCCAUUCGCCAAUUCACGUCAUUGCCUUCGGCCAUGGAUCAAGUCGCCUCAACUGACGUCGACCCAGUCGCUCAACACAUGGCUCCUCCGUACGUCAGCCAGGACAUCCAGGAGGUUGCUGCUCUAGUACGAACCCUGGAUGACCACACCAAGAAGAAGCAGGGUUUCAGCGUCAAGAAGACUCGGUUCAACGUAGCUGGCUCCCGUGACGGCCUUGCUGUCGACUCUUGGCGGUUCCAGGACUGGGAUUACAAGAAGAAAUAUCUGCCCACCUAUGCUCGCGGACUCUUCACCACCAGGGGGCCGCACGGCGCCCCCGAGAUCGCCGUCCGCGGAUACGACAAGUUUUUCAAUGUCAACGAAGUGUCCGAGACGCGAUGGGAGAACAUCAAGGCCAACACCAAGGGUCCCUACGAACUGACGCUGAAAGAGAAUGGCUGCAUCAUCUUCGUCAGUGGCCUCGCGGACGACACCCUACUUGUCUGCAGCAAACACUCGACUGGGGAGCGCAGCGAUGUCGAGGUCAGCCAUGCCGUCGCUGGCGAGCAGAGGCUGGAGCGACAGUUGGAGCGGAUCGGGAAGACCAAACAGGACCUCGCCCGGGAGUUAAGGAAACGGAAUAUCACCGCCGUUGCCGAGCUUUGCGACGAUUCCUUUGAGGAGCAUAUCCUUGCCUACGGCCCGGAGAAGGCCGGUCUCUACUUGCAUGGCCUGAAUCUCAACGUCCCCGAAUUUACGACAUAUCCCGGCCCCCUCGUGCAACAGUUCGCAGCCGAGUGGGGUUUCGUCAAGACAGGCUUGAUACUCAUAGACGACGUCGAGCAAGUCCAAACUUUUCUCGAAGAGGUUGCAGAAACCGGUGCCCACGACGGACGUGAUGUCGAAGGCUUUGUUAUCCGAUGCAAAUUGACCUAUGAUCCGCAGAAGAGGGUCUUCCAGGACUGGUUCUUCAAGUACAAGUUCGAAGAACCGUAUCUGAUGUACCGGCAGUGGCGAGAGUGCACAAAAGCCAUGAUCGCCGGCAGGCAGCCAAGGUACAGGAACCACGUCAAGAUCACCGAGGAGUAUCUUGCCUAUGCUAGACAACGGCUGGCCAACGACAGGAAUUUGGCAAAGCUGUAUAAUCAAAACCAUGGCAUUAUUGCCCUGCGAAACGACUUCCUCGAGUUCAAGCAGAUGAAAGGCUCCGAGGCAGCCAACUUCGAGGCUCUCUACGGCGGAGGUGCAAAGACUGAGGUUACCGGAGACGUCAUCUUGGUGCCAAUUGCCACCAUCGGCUGCGGGAAGACAACGCUUGCUGUUGCCCUGGCACACCUCUUCGGUUGGGGGCAUAUCCAGAACGACAAUAUCACCGGCCCAAAACGUCCGCCAAGGUUUACGAAAGCGGUCCUUGACCAGUUAGAGGAGUGCCAGGCAGUAGUAGCAGACAGGAACAACGCGCAAAAGCACGAGCGGAAGCAGAUCCUUACCGAUGUCAGGCAACAGAGCCUUUCGGCCAAGCUUGUGGCACUCUAUUUCGUCCACGACGACCUAGACGCCGUCAGGAGAGUCACUCAGGAGCGAGUGUUUGCACGCGGGAACAACCACCAGACCAUCCAGGCGGCGACUGACAUGGGCAAAGUCCGGGGAAUCAUGGAGGGAUUCAUCCAGCGCUUUGAGCCAUGCGACCCGGAAAGACCGCCUGACGACGGCUUCGACGCCAUCAUCGACCUCGAGGCCGCCGGGGGGAGCAGGAAGAAUCUCGAGACGGUGAUCCGGGAGCUGCACCGGCUGUACCCUAAAUUCGUGACCGAGGUCCCGCCAGCCGAGAAGAUGGACGAGGCCAUCCAGGUCGCCCUCGAGAGCUACAGCCCCGAGCUCCGGCACACGAUCCCGGACCGCGGCAGCAAGAACAAGAAGCAGCAGCAGAAGCAGCAGCAAGAGCAGCUGCCCCGGCAGCAGAAAAAGAAGGAGCUCGAGUACAUGUCUGUCGACGUGCCCACAAAGGCCGUGCUGGCGGCGCUGGAGAAGGCCUUCGCCGGCGCCACGCCCGAGCAGGCGCGCUUCUUCCGCCAUCUGCAGGGGAGCCGGCGCGUGCAGGCGCGCUUCCACGUGACGCUGAUGCACCGCGCCUCGGUCCGGGAGCGCCCGGAGCUGGGCGAGCUGUGGGAGCGGUACCGGCGCGAGUACGAGGCCGGCUUGGGCUCCUCGGCGGACGGGCGGCUCGGCGUCGUCGACGUCCAGCUCGAGCGCGUCGUGCACGACGACCGCAUCAUGGCCAUCGUCGUGCGGCUGGUCGGGCGCGGGCCGGACGGGGGAGUCGACGGCCGCCCCAGGUGGGAGUGCGUCAACCGCGUGGCGCACGUCACCAUCGGCACCAGGGACGAGAGCGUCAAGCCCAAGGAGAGCAACGACCUACUGGCCCGGUGGCUGGAGCAGGGCAGCGGGGGUGACACGGGGAUCGGGGAGCUGGUUGUCGAGGGGAAACCGUCUGUCGAGGGUGUCGUGAGGGGGGUCCUCUCGAGGUGAUGUGGUGUGUUUGUCUACCCUCUGGCUGGAUUUUUUUUGGGGGGAGGUGACGAUAUAUAGGUAUCGUGUCCCGGCGAAAGUGUGUCAAAAAGGGCGCGAGCUUAUACAAAUAGCAACGUGGAAAUGGCACCUAUUGAAUGCAUCAUUGCCCGUUUUUUGGCAUCUAACUGCCUACCUUACCUACCUACUAAUCUCGUGAAUAAGUCUAACACGAUUGCACUACAUCUGUCUUGAGACCCUUCCUUUCAUUCCUCGGACCGAACUCUUUU